AUGCCAACGCCAUCGUUGAGUCAGAUGGAAGGUCGAAGCAAAGCCCCGUCUUGCAAAGAGAGCUAUGCAGGAAAUGGGUUUCGAGCAUUGCACUCGGCUGACACUAGUCACGAGAAACGUUCUUUUACGGAUAUGCCGUUGAACAAGGCAAUUGGGUCCAAAACCAUUCCCGACGCAUCAGGGUACACUAGGCGCCAUUGCAAAGCGCUUCUUCAAGCAGGAAACUUCCGCCUUUCCAUCCUGGUCCGAAAGUCAUCCAUCGACAAGCCUGCCGUCAAGUAUAGUGGGAGAUAUUUCCGACCUUCUGCGAAGCUGCAAUCCUAUUUGGGGGGUGUAGAUGUCUUAAUCUCGAAGGUCCUCAUGAUGGUGGACCAGAGGCCCUUGCUUCUGGCGGCCAAGAAAGCUGGUGUCGGACGUGACGUUCCUUCUGACUUUGGGCCGACAGCCAGAGGCGUUAUGUUCAUGCACAUGCACGAUCUCAAACUCGAAGUCCGUGACUACAUCAAAGAGCUAAGGUUUCCACAUACCUGCAUCGAAGUCGGGGCGAAUACGCUCAUGACGCAGAAGAACUACGCUGGCAACCGCGCACAGAAGCUCGUCUACUCGACACUGUCAACCACCGCAAGAAUGGUCGCACACAUCAUUGUCGAUUCGCGAACACUGAACCAGACUGUCGUAGCCUAUGACGGGGAAACCAGCAUCAGUGAAACGUGGAAAAUCGCAAAGAAGGUCAUCGGGGAGGACUUCUCCGACUACCCGAGGUUGGCUUGGAUCGACUGUUGCAUUCACCAUACGCUGACUCGAGUGAAACUUAAAAGCCUGUUCGUCCGCGGGAACACUACAGUAGCGAGGGCGAAAGCAUCGGGUUGCCUGGAUUCCAGGAGGCUGUACGACGGCAUGCCCUAUCCCAAUGUCGAAGAAGAGGAAAAAACCUACUACGCGUCGGGCUUUGUGCUUGACUACGGUCCGGAGGAGGUUAUUUACAAAUCCUGA